UGGUUUUGAACUUCGCCAGUAGGCAAGUAAUGACCCAAAUGUGGUAGACCACCUACCGAUAGAAGCGAGAUCCACUAAUACAGAGUUGUGGCUAUCCCAAGAUCGUACCGAUUUGCAAGAAUCGGCACUAGGUUUAAGGUGGCACUGCAAAUCAGACCUCCUUUGGUAUAAUACCCGUCCUGUUAAGCCUGGACCAUGUACCCUUCGGCACAUUUACAGAGUACUUGCAACUCAAUACGACCCCCUGGGAUUCAUACUGCCAUUCACCAUGCGAGCCAAGAUUUUAGUUCAGAGAUUAUGGGAUAAGCAACGAGACUGGGAUGACCCAAAUCUACCAGCUGAACUUUUGAGAUACUGGAGUGAAUGGGAGGCAGAAUUGCCUACGUUGGCAAAUAUCUCACUACCACGCUGUGUCACAACCUCAGGUAUGGAUCAUUCUCACAACACCAAACAGAUUCACAUCUUUUGUGAUGCAUCUGAGCAAUCAUAUGGAUCUGUCGCCUAUUUGCGUAUGGAGGAUGACAAUGGUCAUAUUCAGUUAGGCUUUCUACUAGCAAGGUCCAAGGUUGCCCCAAAACGAUGUCUGACCAUUCCCCGGCUAGAGCUGUGUGCUGCCCUGAUUGGUGCCCAAUUAGCCAAACUCUUGCAUACUGAGCUCACCCUCCAGAUCAAUACAGUAACAUUAUGGACAGAUUCCACCUCCGUUUUAGCCUGGCUCAAGUCUGAAUCAUAUAGAUUCAAGGUGUUUGUUGGCACUAGGAUAGCCGAAAUUCAAGAGCUGACAGCUGAUUGUACCUGGUGAUAUGUAGAUUCAAGUAGUAAUCCUGCAGACGACCUCUGGUAAAACUCGUUCCGAACUAUCAAUGCCCAACAGAUGGAGCCAAGGACCAUCAUUCCUACUUGAGUCUGAAUAAGCAUGGCCUGUCACCCCCCUCAUACAGCCACCAGAAAUCAAGGCAGAAGAGCGUAAAGGAAUCUUCUAUGGCCUUAUGACAGAAGUUGCUGUACCUGAUAUUCCUGACCUUACCACACACAGCACUUGGAACGAGUUAGUAGAGGCCACAGUUCAGGGGCUUAAGGAUACAGAAUCUCCAUUAGCAGAGGAGUACCGAACUGCAGAAAGGCAUAUUCUGCUGAAAUCUCAAAUUGAUAGUUUUCCUAAUGAGUACAAACUGCUAAAAGCUGGUAAACCUAUACCUUCCACUAGCUGACUACUCACUCUUGCACCAGAAUUUGAUGACUCUUGCCAGCUUAUCAGAGUCGGUGGCCGUCUACGUCAAGCUGAAGGACUAGAGUUAUCAGUUAUACACCCUAUAGUCCUUGACCCACAUCACUGGGUUACCAAGUUACUGAUCUGAGACUACGAUAGUAAACUCUGCCAUCCUGGACCUGAAAGAGUCUUUGGAGAGAUAAGGAGAAACUUUUGGAUACUGAGAGGACGGGAAGCUAUCCGCAAACAACAACAUCUAUGCAAAGACUGUCAGAAAUGGAAAAACCAACCAGUAAUUCCUAAAAUGGCAGAUCUUCCACCAGCUCGACUCAGACUACUCAAACCUCCAUUCUAUAGUACAGGCAUGGACUGUUUUGGACCAUUUCAAGUCAAGAUUGGCAGACGAUGUGAAAAGAGGUGGGGGAUCAUUUUUAAAUGUCUCACAACACGGAGUGUUCACCUAGACCUCCUUACAUCUAUUGAUACUGAUUCCUUCCUAAUGGCCUUGAGAAGAUUUGUAGCCCGUUGCGGCACACCUGCUGAGCUGUAUUCAGAUCAUGGUACUAACUUCUAUGGAGGACAAAGAGAGUUGCAAGAAGCCUUUGUGUCACUCACUCCCCAGAUCCAGCUACAUCUAGCUAAACAGAAAAUUGCAUUCCACUUCAACCCACCUGGAGCCCCACACUUUGAAGGUGCUUGGGAAAGAGAAAUUAAGUCUGUCAAGACUGCCCUUCGCGUCACAGUUAGCUCCCAAGUCGUAACAGAGGAAGUACUCCAAACAGUGCUCAUUGAAGUGGAGGGAAUGCUUAACAGCAAGCCCCUUGGUUACAUUUCCAGUGAUGUAGCUGACCUCGACCCUGUCACACCAAAUUAUCUGCUCAUGGGGCGGCCAGAUAGCUCAAUACCCUUUGUAGUUUAUCCUGCUACAGAACUUAUGGGCAGACGGAGAUGGAGACAGAGUCAAGUUUUAGCCGAUCAGUUCUGGUUAAGUUUCAUCUGUCACUACCUGCCUACACUGCAGACCCGUAACAAAUGGCACACAGACACCAGUGACCUUUCUACUGGAACUAUUGUAAUGCUCAUCGAUCCACAAUUACCACGAGCAUUAUGGUUAGUAGGCAAAGUUGUAAAGACAUUCCCAGGUUCUGAUGGCCAUAUCAGAGCUGCAGAGAUUCAGGUUAAGGACAAGACUUACAUCCGACCUGUGACUCGGCUGAUCCGCCUUCCUGCAUUCACAGAUCUAGAGUCUUAGCUCUCUGAGACUGACUAAUGUUAUAGAGUGCAAAUAUGCAAGCAUAUUUGGGGGCGGCAAUGUCACGAAGGAUUCAUCCAAUCAGAGUGCAGUUUAUUAAGUGACGUCAGUCAGUGCCUAAUACUCAGCAAGAGACGAACUGUGAAUUCUUCUACGCCUAACUAAUCUCUCCUUUGCCUUUAUUAGUGGUGUUAUGUGAGCGAGUUAAUACCUAGAAAACCACUCACUGUUACCACUCUACCUGAUCAACAGUAAACUCCUAACUUUGAUUCAACUGAGUCUUAUGUGUUCUUACCAACACACCAGUGCGGAUACAGAAUAACCUAUGACAGCACAAAUACAGUCCUUCCCUAAUUCUCCAAAACAGUCUCUAUGUGGUAUGUAUUGAAACUGUAUAUAUUUGCUUAUGUAACCCCUC